UCCAGCAUAACACAAUAACGGUGUUCUACCUACAGCUUUGUUUCCAAAGUUUGUCUGUUUUCUGCUUAUUAUUGUGUAUUCAGAUAGGCACAGCAAAGAGUCUAAUCAUGAAGUGGUAACAGACUUCAGGGCAGUGAUGAAUGCGGUAACUGUUUCUGGGAGGACAAUUUCAGUUCAGUGCCGGUAAAUAGCGUUAGGUCCAGCCAACGUCGCCCCACAAGGACAGUUAUGCCACGCCCUGGGAAAAAGCCUGCUGGGGAGGCUUCAAACUCCAACAAGAAGUGCAAGCGCUACUUUAAUGAGCAGUGGAAGAAGGAGUUUCCCUGGCUGGAGUUCGACUAUGAGCUGAAGCUCAUGUUCUGUUUCAUCUGCCGGCAAGCGCUGGUGAAGAACAAGCACGGCAAAGCGGACAAUGCCUUCACUGUCGGCACGGAUAAUUUUCAGCGACAUGCCCUCCUCCGUCACGUGACCUCUGGGGCCCACCGGCACGCCUUGGCAGCCUGCAGGGAGCAGCCGCUUUGGGACCCGCCAACGCCAACGGAAGACCUCAAACUGGCAAUCAGAAGAGAGGUCAGCCCGGCCAAAAUCGGCAUCUUGACCACCGUUUACUGGAUGGCCAAGGAAGACAUUCCAGAUUUUAAACUCGGGUCAUUACUGGAGCUGCAAAAAUUCAACCUCUGCCAAGCGUUGUUGACUGGGGAACACCACCAUGAUUAUUAUACAGCAAGCAAUGUAAAGGAAAUGCAGGAGGCAAUUGUGAAAGUUCUUCACGAUGAAGAUAGGCGUAAAAUGGCUGAUUCCCCAUUUAUCGGGUUUAUUGUGAAUGGAACCAUUGACGAUUUGGAAAACAAAAACCUAGUAGUGUUUGCCACCACAAUGCCCCCAUAUGACAGACAAACAUCUGUAAUAUAUUUGGGCAGCUUCGUGAUGCCUGAUGGAGCCGCCGUGACUGCGGCAGAUAAAAUAAUUGAGCUCAUGACCGGCUUUAGCGUUCCUCUGUCCAAAGUAGUCUGGCUUGCAACGGAUGGUUCUUUUCUGAUGGCUGACCAGAUCAGUGGUGUUGAAGCCAAACUGAAGCCUGCGUGUCCACUUUUGAAACAGAUCCACUGUCCUUCUCAUAAAGGCUUGCUGGUUCUGGCUGAUUGUGUCACCGGCAUUGACUAUCUUAGGAACUACGAAGGCAUUGUCGAUGCUGUUUAUAGACUUUACUCCAGUUUUGAGGAUGAGAAUAACAGCUUACAGGAAUUACAGGCUGUCCUAAAGUCAUGUGAGAUAGACCUAUCUGGGCCUCAGCGCAUUCGAUGGACCUCUAUUUUGCCGGCAGUGGAAGCUGUCAACUUCUUAUGGCCAACGCUGGUGUUGCUUCUAGAAGGGGAAGCAAGGAAGUCUCCCAUUGCCAUGGGGCUUUGCAAGGAACUAAAAAAGUUCUACUUUGUGGCGUUCACAAAGACCCUGCUGGACGUUCUUCCCAUUCUCCAGAAACUGAACCGGUUCUUCCAGACGGAGGAUCUGGAUCUUUCCAUGUUCAGGCCAGCUGUCACGGCAGCCCUGGCCUCCCUGAAGACGCAGAAGACCUUGAACGGUCAACACUUUCAGGAAUUCCUCCGGGACUUGAACGAGCACCCCAGGGAGGACAUCGAAACAGAGAGCCGCUUCUACUACAAAGGGGUGGAGAUGACCCACUGUUCCAAGUUGCAUUGGCUGAACUUUGGCCACUUUAAGGAAACCUUUGUGCUACACGUGUACAGGAAUCUGCAGGAUAGGUUUCCCGUCGAUAUGACAGACAUUGUGCAGGCCUUCAUGGUUGUGUUCAGCCCAAAGAGCUACGCCGCACAGGCAAUGGACGACAUUGGGAAUUAUGGGAUGGCUGAACUAAACUUGCUGUUGAGCCACUAUGAGGAUGUGGUGAGCCGCGAGAGGGCGAAGAACGACUUCUCCCUUUUCAAGCGCAUCAUCGUCAGCUUGAGCCACCUCUCGUUCAACGACCUUUGCACCCAGCUGGUUUCCAUUGACUCGGAGAUGCAGAAGCUCUUCCCUGACUUUGCCACCCUUGCUUCAAUCGCUCUGGCAUUGCCUUUGCAUUCCGUGCCAUUUGACAAGAUUGUCAGGGUCAAGGAGCGGCUAAAACUGAGCAGAGGACGGUCACUGAAUGACAAAGGUUUGUCCAGCGUAAUCAAAAUUGCGGUGGACGGUCCGACCAUUAACGAGUUUGAUUUUGUAGCCGCCAUUGAACAUUUUGAAACCAUAAAAGACAAACAAAAUACCAUGUGAUGACUGUAUUUGUUUUUGUGGGCGUUUUUUUGUAACCACAAGCUGGAACAUUUGGAAGCAUUUGGAAUUACUUAAUAAGAACUGUACAUCUAUGUUAUGUAUCUUAUCUAUCCAAAUGAGUGUCCUAAUAAUAUGUAGGCUCCUUUUGGAGUAGUUUAAGGACUUAUAUUUUCUGUUGUGUUUUUUUUUAAGGAAAAUGCAGGUUCUCUCCUGCGCUAUGUUCUAGAAAAAAAAAAAAAAAGCAAUAUUUGGUAAUAUUUACCGCACGGCUGUUCAAUAAUCAAGCCUGACAUACAUAAUCACAUUUUAUUGCCAGCCUUUGCAACCACAAAACUGCCCUGUUGCAAGAGACUUACUUUAAAGACGAGAGAAAGAACUAUUGAAAGUUUGCAACAACCCAGACAGGUACUGAAGCUGUGUGAUGCUUUCAGCAGUUUCUGCUUAGCUUAUAUAAUAAUAAUAAUAAUAAUAAUAAUAAUAAUAAUAAUAAUAAUGAAACAUAUACAUUAUGCUAUCUAUUAAUUGUAAGAUUUGAUUUGGUGCAUAUUUUAUACUAAUCUCGAUUGCCGUACCUACAGCUGUAUUCUCAACUCUGCUGUAGCUUUACUCCUUACUUCGUGGCACACAGCAUGCAAACUGUAUCAGCAAAGCACUUGAAUAAUCCAGAGACAAAGGAAACAGCCAAUGCAUGAAAAACUGACAGUCUGCUUCAGCAUUGCCAGCUUGCCCAGUCACAGCUACCCUUUGCAUUUUACUUCCAAGUAACAACUGCUGUUUUUAACUUGCUAGAUUUUUUUUUUUUUUUUUUUUUGAGACAUUGAAGGUUCUUACUUGUGGUAAAGAUUACAAGUUACAAAAAGUUCUUAAACAAAUGUAAAUGCUUUUAAUACAUCAUCUAAUAAUUACUGCAUUGCACUUUAAACAGGUGGCAGUCGUCACUUAAUAAACAGUGGUAUAAUGCUGAGGAAACGUAGGUAACAAAAAAAGUGUUUUAUUAUUAGAAUUAUGCUAAAAAAAAAAGUUACCAAACUUUCAAUGCAUGGCUUCUGGCACUCUAACUAAAAAGAUAGAAUCUGAACUUUAAAUAUGCCCUUUCCCUUGUGUUCACAGCACACCAUGUAGUUUGCAUAGAGUUUACAUGUAAAGCCUGCAAUUCAAGUACUUGUCAGUACCUAGUGAUCUAGUUAGCUAAUAUGUAUAAAAGCACUAUCUUUAAUUUGCAAAAUUAAAAUGUAAUUAUUUUUUACG